GCUGUGAUUCACAGGCUACUCAUUUUCUGAUCUAUGCUGGUCCUCACCUGGAAGAUAACUUUCCUGUGCCUGGUCAGGAUUUCCUUAAUUACCUUUGUAGCAAUUUCACUGUGGCAAACAUUCCUGAUCACAAAGGCUGGCAUGUACACUGUGGUAGAACUAUCACUGCCAGAUAUCUCUACAUCAGACUGUGGGAAACAAAUAAUUUAACACUUUGUGAAGUUUAUGUAUAUGAUGAUUCUAAUGAUAAUAUUGCUUUAGGCCUGCCAGAAUACACAGUGGCUGUGGAUGGUGAUUUACAAACCUGCCUUGAUACUUCCUUUACUCUGGACACAUUUUUGAGGAUAGACCUGGUGUUUGUUAGACCUAUUGCUCUUGUUCAUUUAGUUAGUAGGUUAGACAUGACAGAUGUAGCAGUUAUUGUAGGAGAGACUCUGUCAGGGGACACAUGCAGUUCUUUAGAUGGCAAUGUAAGAGCAAACGUGAUCAAGGAAUAUGUGUGUAACUCUCCACACAGAAUAAGUGGUAGAUAUGUUUUCAUCACUAUUCCAAGCAAAACAGCAUCGUUAAAUUUGUGUGAAGUGCAAAUUUAUGCUGUAUACGAAUUUGAUUUGACAAAGACGGGGUCUGUUACACAAUCCAGUACUGCCGUAAUAGAAAUGACUGCUGAUCAGGGUGUUGACAAUGACAGACUAACAUGUAUAGUAACAAAGGAGCAGACAGAUCCAUGGUGGAAAAUCGACCUGAGGCGUUACUAUGACGUGGAAGAAGUUGUCAUCUACCCACACAGUGAAAGCUUCAUUCCUUAUUCUUCUCAACUCUAUCAUGUUCAUGUUGAUCAACGGCUGUGUGGAAACGCCGGUGUAGCCAACAAAAAGUUUGUAUCAGUUAUCUGUUCUCCAAAAUUACAUGGGCGUGUCAUUGUUAUCAAGAAUGUGGGAGCAAACAAAAGAGUUGCCCUUUGUGAAGUGGAAGUGUAUUCUGAAGUGCGCGUUGCAUAUGACCACUUGUGCCGUUCCCCAUACCUUUGCAACUCAGAUUAUCGAUGUGGUUCUGGAAAUGGCUACACAACAUGUGAAUGCAAAGAGGAAGGCACCUUUGUUCAAGUGUGCGUUACUGAUUUUGAUGAGUGCAAAACUGCACCUUGUCCUUCGGAUCACAUUUGUAACAACACUGUUGGAUCAUACAGAUGCGAAUGCCCUCUGGGAUUUGUGGAAGAUCCCAGUUCUCAGAAUCCAGUGAAUAUAAUAUGUAAUGAUGUCGACGAAUGUCAGGUUCCAAGCACUUGCAGUUCAGAUCUCGUCUGUAACAACACUGUUGGCUCAUACAGAUGUGAAUGUUCGUUGGGAUAUGUCGAAGAUCCAAGUUCUCAGAAUCCAGUGAAUGUAACAUGCGUUGAUAUUGACGAGUGCCAGUCUGGAAGUGCUUGCCGUUCAGAUCUUGUUUGCAACAACACUUUUGGAUCAUACAGAUGUGAAUGUGCUUUGGGUUUUGUUGAAGAUCCCAGUUCUCAGAACCCCGUGAAUACAUUAUGUAAUGACGUGGAUGAAUGUGUGAACAGUGUAGAGUCUCUUGGCUGUAGUUCCCUCUCAAACUGUGUAAACUUAGAAGGUUCUUUCUUCUGCACUUGUAAGGAGGGAUACCUAGGAGAUGGACAGACUUGCCAAGGAAGGAGAGAGGUGUUUGAAAUGGUAUGCCGCAAUCGCGGCGGACUGGAGUCAAUGUGCGAUAAAAGUGGUGAUUACAAGUGUAAAUGUGACAAUGGGUAUGUUUACGACAGCCAAACACAAACCUGUCGACAAAUAGUUUAAAGUGCCAAAUCCAGUUCUCCACACUGAGCCGGGCAGAGACUGAGUACUAAAGACUGGAGUCAGUCCCUUUUACUGCUGCUUGUCAUCGUUGGUCAAAGCAUAAGUUUCGUAGCGUCAGUUAUCAACGUAAUAUUUGACUGCUUUGGUCCCCUUUUAGGGGAAGCUAAGUGGCUCAAUAUGCCACAGGUUUUGUUAAGAAGAAAUUUCUUACUGCGAAGUUGAUACCGCGCUCAACAGUGUAUACCUGACUUUAAUACCUUUAAAACCAGAUGCUAUUGAAUCAGCAGUGGAAGAGUGGUGGAUAUUCAUGAAGCAGCUUUACGAGUUGGUAAAUGUCGACGGAUUUCGCCAUUGUGACACAUAUCACUCAAGUUGGAUGACUAACAUACAAAACAGAACCUUAUCUUUGACCAUAUGCCUAGUAGUACUGGUACCAAACUAGCUGAAUAGUGAACGCGAAAAGCAUGUUUUACUUCUUUUGUAUAUAUUUAACUUAAAUAUAGCCUGGAGUAGGCUUUGUGAACGUUAUUAUGCAUACAUUUAUCUCUUAUUGGUUGUUUGAAAUUUUGACUAACAUGACUCACGGUUUUUGUGGAUUUUUUUUUUUAUUUUUGUGAGGUAUUCCUACAGAUUGAAGACAAGUUUAAAUCGUAAGGUCCUCGCAUUA